UAUUCGUAUUAUUUAGAAAUUGGUGCAAUAUAGGAAAACAUACAUAAUAUAUCCUCGCUCACCCACACUAUUUGCUUUCACUCCAGCUGGAAAUCCCAUCGAUUUGCAAUCGGAAACAAACACCCCCGCAUCCCGACCCCAUCCAUACACGUACAAACAUACAUACACAUACAAUACAUUGAGGGCACAAGAAGGAAAAAAUAAAAUAAAAUAAAAUGACUGCACCUCGACGUCUCCGCAAGGAAUUAAGUGAUUUGCAAGAUAGCACAAUAAAAUCGUUUCGUGAUAUCAAGGCCGAUGACGACAAUCUGCUGCGUUGGACGGGGCUCAUUGUGCCCGACAAUCCCCCAUAUAACAAAGGGGCAUUCCGCAUAGAAAUCAAUUUCCCAGCCGAAUACCCCUUCAAACCACCAAAGAUUAAUUUCAAAACGAAAAUCUACCAUCCCAAUAUCGAUGAGAAGGGUCAAGUGUGCUUGCCCAUCAUUAGCACGGAAAACUGGAAGCCGGCAACUCGUACGGAUCAGGUUGUUCAGGCACUGAUAGCCCUAAUCAAUGAUCCCGAACCGGAGCAUCCACUUAGAGCUGAAUUGGCUGAGGAAUUUCUCAAGGAUAAGAAAAAGUUCAUGAAGAAUGCAGAAGAUUAUACCAGGAAACAUUGCGAAAAGCGUCCGGCAGAUUAAUACACUCCUUCGUCUAGAGUCAUGGUGGGGGAGUUAGUUAGUUGCUGAUCAGGAUGAGGAGCAACCAAUACACACACACACACACACACGACCACGCAUACACACUCUAAGAAUCAAGUGAAAAGUGAAAAUUAUUUACUUAAGAAUGAAUAUAAAGUAGAGAAAAUUGUUCCGAAA